CUUCUGCCGGCAGUGGCGUAAACAAUUGCAGUGAUCCACCAUUUCUACUGCGGUAUUAAUUUAAACGGCAAGCUGUGGCGAGAAGGAGUUCCACUGCGCGUGGUUCAUCAUUCGCUCGCAGAAACUCGUCCGUUCAAGACGUCGCUCCCGUUGGCUCUCGACUGGCUGACCAACAUCAAUCCAAUCGCCCUGCCGGGUUAACAAACAAACAAAAAAAUGGUCAUGACGACUAAGAAUGAGAGCGCUUACGGCCCUAAGCCUGCGUGGCCACCAGGGGACGCCCACGCCCAAACAGCUGACGCGGGCCCCGUCGAGUUGACGCGGGACAUGGGUCCUGGCAUCCAGGCGCUGGCCGGCACCGCGGGUUGCGGCCUCCUGCUGCUUGUGGUCCUCCUCGCCGCGGCGCGCCGCCGCCUGCACGGGCGGCCCUCGCCGCUGGCCCUCGCGGCCUGCAGCAUGCGCGGCAAGACCGUGGUGGUCACGGGGGCCAACUGCGGCCUGGGCCGCGCCACGACGUUGGCGCUCGCCCGCCUCGGGGCCCGCGUCAUCCUGGCCGUGCGCGACUCGGCGCGGGGCGAGGAGGCGGCGGUGGAGCUCCGUCGGGAGCUGGGCUCCGAGGAGGCCGAGCUGGUGGUGCGCGAGCUCGACCUCGCGUCCCUGGCGUCCGUGCGCCGCUUCUGCGCGCGGUUGGAGCGCGAGGAGGAGCGGCUGGACGUGCUGGUGAACAACGCCGGGGUGUUCCGCUGCCCCUACGCGCUCACCGAGGACGGCUUCGAGACGCAGUUCGGAGUCAACCACCUGGGCCACUUCCUCCUCACCGCGCUGCUGCUGCCGCUGCUGGGCCGCUCGGCGCCCAGCCGCGUCGUGGUCGUGUCCUCGGCCCUCUACAAGCAGGGCCGCAUCAACUUCGACGACCUGGCGAGCGAGCGCUCCUACGACCCCGCGGCCGCGUACGGCCGCAGCAAGUUGGCCAACGUGAUGUUCGCGCGCGAGCUGGCGCGGCGCCUGCGUGGCCAGGGCGUCACGGCCAACGCGCUGCACCCGGGCGUCGUGCGCACCAACCUGGGCCGCCACGUCUCCAUGCCGGCCCUGGCCCGGCCGCUCUUCAACCUCCUCGCCUGGGCCGCUUUCCGCACCCCCGAGCAGGGCGCUCGUACGGCCGUCUUCCUCGCAGCCUCGCCCGACGUGGCGGACGUCAGCGGCGCCUACUUCGGCGACUGCCGCCAGGAGGAGCUCCUGCCCGUAGCCACGGACGACGCCGUGGCCGCCAAAUUGUGGGAGGUCAGCGAGCGCCUGGUGGGCCUGCGCUCUGGGGGGCCCGAUGGCAUCCCCCUAGCCCCGUCCGUGCCCGACUCGGAGCCCGAGGAGCGGCCCCACCGGGGCGAUCCCCAGCGCGGCGACGCCAAGACGGCCCCCUGAGCCAUGGGCCGCGGCCGUGAUCAUGCGCGGGCCGAUGCUGCUCCUAUUGUCUGUUAUCUGCUCUCGGCUGCAGGCUGAGGAGGCUAUAAAUUCACGCCUUGGGUGACGUGUGUCGGUGUAUUCAUUGAGUGACUUUGAGCGCGAUGGCAGUGGCUUCAUCGUCGGCCGCUUUCUCACAUUGAGACCAUAGACUCACAUCGAGACCCAUGCACUCAUAGAGACCCUAAUAGACUCACAUCGAGACCUUUAGACUAACAUGGAGACCCAUAAUAGACUCACAUCAAGACCUUUAGACUCGCAUUGAGACCCAUGCACUCAUAGAGACCCGUAGACCCCCAUAGCCGGGCAGUGAUGGCGCACGUCUGUAAUCCAAUGCUCUGGUGGUUGAGGAUUGGUGGAUCACCGCAUAAAUGUUACGAAACUCCCUUCCCGUGGGCGUCGACGAGGAGCCCGUACUCCUGACUCGCCAGGAGAAGGCAGUACAGCAAAAAUGUGGGCUCCACCUGGGUCAGGGUGGAAAAUUCCCCCUUGCACGCGUGCGUUUUCUCCGGGUGCUCCGUUUUUUCUCCGACAUGUAAACACUCAUUAAUUGGUCGAUGCCACCUUAAAUUAUAUAUAGAGGACUGCAGAGCUUUGGGAAAUUGUUGGUACCGGCUCGUCGCGUUGGAUUCCUGCUUGUCUGUGGUUUCUCACGCGCUUCUGAGUCGUUCUCUCCGUACGAGAUUAAGUGAAUACCGUGCGCGUUACGAGGUGACAUUCUUAUUAGGGACCCACUUAGAAACUGGAAUGGGAUGGCAGUGGUUCAUUGCUAGCUCCCUUCCUGUACGUACACCACACACAGAUACACAUAACAGCACACGCCCAGUUACGCACACGACUAUGCACAUGAAUGCACUUGAGAACAUUAUAGUCGGAGAAAGCAUUAAUACAAAAGCCUAUUUUUCAAGGAAGGUGAUGCAUUCCAUUCAGAUUUUCAGGAAAAACUGUGGCAAGUCACAUAAAUAGCCUUCGUAAACAUUUGUUGCUGCUCCUGCUGCGUUGGUAGUGGUGCACAAGCAACGAAGAAGCUCUCCAGCAAAUUCGGUAACGACACUGUUUGGCCUGAAAAUAAAAAAAUGUGACGUUUCGGUCAAUGGCUGUUCUUCAUAGUACACAAAACUACGUGAUAUAAAGACAGGCCAAUGGCCAAAACAUUGCCUAUUUUAUAUUUUUUGUGUAUUUUUUCUUUAGUGCCACAGUGUUGUUGACGAAUGUGUUGAUGUUUUUAUCCCUUAAUUGAUACGCUCAGUUUAGAUUGCAAACUCUCCAUAUAUACCACGAUAAUGUAGAUGGGAAGCUUCAGGGAAGGUGUCCCUUUAAUUUAGAUAAACAAAGAUUUCACUGGCUUUGUGCGAGCCAAGCAAUUGUUCAUCAUCGUCAUCAUCACGUGCUGCCAUCACGAUGCAGUCGUCAACGACCCGAAAACCCGGGGUGGAGUUUGUACCGUCCUCCACCUGGAGCCCGGAGUAUACUUGUGUGAAGGUGCAUGCCCUCGCAAAUUGUUUGCUGUGCCCACGUCUCCCGCGCCGCACUGACCGGUUGUUUCUGUGGCCUUUCACUUGGUCAAAUAAAGGCCUCCCGAUGGAUUUUCUGUGA